AUGAAAGUUUCGGCGUUUUUGGUCUUGCUGUGCUGCGGGCUGUGCGUCCACGCCACGCCCGCACGGUGCACGAAACGUCGAAAAAAAGAAUCUUCUGUAGACGACCUCGACGAGGACGAACUGAGAGUCCCUUGCUCCAAGCCUCACAAGUGGAGUCCGGACACGCAAACCGAUGUAGGAGCUGUCUCGUCGGUUGUCGGAGCAUUGGCGGUCUUGCUGGGUUACGUACUGAACCGCGGAGGCGCCUUAGACGAGACGGAGGCUGAGGCGCAGGCCCGAGAGGCUGGCGGUCCAGUUGUGGGGGCUGUUGGGGCGACUGCCCUCGCCUACGGCUUGAUGAACCUGUAUCUCGCCCGCAGACGCGCUCGGCGAAGAGCGUCCCGCAGACAGCAGCAGCGAAGUAAACCGCCCGGCGUGCCCCGGAACAGAAGAUAG